AAACCUUAUCACGUGAGUUCGGUCUGAUCAACUCAACGAAAGCUAGGAGAGGGAAAUGAAAUAUAUAAGUCUGUAACUCUAGCUAACUAACAAAGUGUAUCAGCUAUACCUAUAAAUACAAUUUAAAAAGUUAAAAAUGACAAGAACAUGUGGCGUUUAUGCGUUGCUACUGCUAGCCGCUAUUUCUGUUGUAAAUGGAAAAGUUGAUCUUAUCCUAACAGACUGUGAAACAGUUGCAUUGGAGUUUCAUGUUACCAUGUUUACAAUUCGUUUAAGCGCACCAAUAUUGAAAGAUGUAAAUGUAACACUUGUUAGUUCUGAUCAUGAUAUAGCAUACCCACUUACUGAAAAGAUUUUGUUCACACCUCAAGAUGACACAAAACCAAGAGUAAUUCUGGUGUAUGGAAACAAUGUUGGUGAUACAUAUAUUGACGCUAAAUUUAAUUCAUCUGAGUUAAUUUUGAACAAGAAGCAUGAUCGAGUGCAUAUAUUAGUUGUUCACUCUCUCACUUUGAACUCAGUGAUCAGUGUAAUUGGAUGGAUAUAUUUCCUUGCAUGGUCAGUGUCGUUUUAUCCACAGGUAUAUGUGAAUUACAAAAGAAAAAGCGUUGUUGGAUUGAAUUUUGAUUUUCUUUGUUAUAAUUUGACUGGUUUUCUUGCUUAUUCAUUUUUCAAUGUUGGUCUGUUUUGGGUAACAUCAAUACAGGAUGAAUAUUUUGCUAAAUAUGGCGGUUCUGUUAUUCCCGUGCAACCAAAUGAUGUCUUCUUUGCUCUUCAUGCUGUUCUGUUAACUAUCAUCACCAUAUCUCAGUGUUUUAUUUAUGAUCGUGGAACACAAAGAAUUUCCAUCAUUUGUAUCAUCUUAGUGAUAAUAGCCUGGUUAUUUGCAGCCUGUUCAUUGGUUCCUGCUGUUUUAUCAAAAAUUACGUGGUUAACUUACUUAGAUUUUUUCUCAUAUAUCAAACUUGGUGUCACGCUCAUCAAAUAUGUACCACAGGCGUAUAUGAAUUUUAGACGUAAAUCAACUGUAGGAUGGAGUAUUGGUAAUGUGUUGUUAGAUUUCACUGGUGGUUCGUUUAGUCUUAUUCAAAUGUUUCUUCUAGCAUACAAUAACAAUGAGUGGAACUCAAUAUUUGGAGAUUUUACGAAAUUUGGUCUUGGUUUUUUCUCCAUUCUUUUCGAUAUUUUGUUUAUCGUUCAACAUUAUGUUUUAUAUCGUAAAAAUACAGAAUAUGAAUCUAUCGUUGAAGAUGAACAAACUGAUCCAUCUGUUAACGCUGUGGCAUGAUUUAUCACGGUCAACGUUUAGCAACCAAUUUCAGUAAACUCUCCAUCGGGGAACUGAGUACAAAGUUUACUAACGCAUCUAAAGAAGACUCGUUAGCAACUGCAAGCCCAGCACUCUUUUCAUUGACAAAAAACCUUAUAUGUGGAGACCUUCUUACUUCUAUCUUUAAUUCUUAAAUCUUAGUAUUUCGAUAAUAUUUUCAAUUUGACUACACCCUCAAAGUAGAAGAACAACACCUUGCAAAUGAAUCUAUGUUGAAAUAUGGAGUUUUUAGUAGAACGUAACUAUAAAUGCAUCAACCCUUAAACUCCGCAAUUUAUUCCGUAAAACCCGAAAAUUCUAACGCUUUUGUGGAGAAUCUUUCGAAUUUGAACCCGAUUUCUGGCCACCUGCUAUGUUGGUGAAUGGAAAAUUUUAAUUUUCUUUUGAUAUCACGAGUUUAAGUUGUCACGAGCUAUGGCAAAUAGAUGGUAUAUCAGUAUUUCGCCCCUGCUGCCACGCCAAUUCCCGUCCUUUAGAGUAAGGGUUAAAAAGUCUCAUAACUAUGAGUUCUGCAAAAGUCUUCGAUAUAUGUUAAAAUAGUCUCUAGAUUUAAUAUUGUUAAUUUUGUUACAUCACUAUAAUGUAUGUUAUUUAUAUUUUUAUGCGUAAAAAAAUAUCACAAUUUUUGUAUGAAA